UUAAUCAAGCUAAAAUGUGUGAACUGGGCCCUGCAUUGUUUCCAAAGUUUGGGUGGGAGUUGACGGGGGAGCACGAGAGCUACUCCACCAAUGCCACGUCGUUUCUUGACUUUCCGGUACCAAAUACGUAUGAAGUGGCUCAUCAUGAGACCAGCUUAGGGGUUUCUCUUUCGUCCGAGGUAAAUGGAAUAGACAACAGUUCGGUCAUGAUCAAAAAGCUUUGUCACAAUGCUAAUGAGCGUAACCGUCGCAAGAAGAUCAACUCUUUGUUCUCAAAUCUUCGUUCAUGUCUUCCAGCCUCUGAUCAACUGAAGAAGCUGAGUAUUCCUCAGACGGUUUUGCGUACCGUGAAGUACAUACCGGAGCUCCAAGAGCAAGUAAAGAAGCUAAGCCUGAAGAAGGAAGACCUCUUGGGGCGUGUAUCGGGUCAAAGAGACACUGAACGUUACGUUAAGACGCAACCACAAGCGGUUGCUAGUUAUGUCUCCACCGUUUUUGCGACUAAGCAUGGAGACAACGAAGUAAUGGUCCAAAUCUCAUCGUCCAAGAUUCAUAAGUUCUCGAUAUAUAAUGUGUUGAGUGGAUUAGAAGAAGAUGGGUUUGUUGUUGUGGAUGUUUCUUCUUCGAGUUCUCGAGGAGAAAGACUCUUCUACACUUUGCAUCUUCAAGUGAGCAAGACUGAUAAGCUAAUUUGCGAAGAGCUAAGCCAAAGGAUAUUGUACUUGUAUGAGGAACGUGGAAACUACUCGUUCAAAUGAUAAUUUGUUCUUGUUUCUUUGAGCUAUGUCUUCCUUUUCUAUAGACAAUCAUCUUGACCAGUACUGCGUUAUGUUCGAGAGUGGUUUCUGUUUUUUUGGUCGAAGUUAAUGGUCGAUUACUAAUAGAUUACUACUACG